AUGUCGGAAAGAGGUCGUGGUGGACGAGGCGGCAACUUCUCCGGAUCUUCGCAUCGGGGCGGUGGCUCGGCUCGCGGCAACUCUUCCCGUGGAGGCUCUUCUCGUGGCGCAUCUCGCGGUGGCGCCCACAACUCGGCUUCCUCCUCUGCACCUUCAGAACGACCCAAGAAAGAAGCCAUCCUCGAUCUAUCCAAGUACAUGGACCAGAAGAUCCGCGUCAAGUUCGCCGGAGGCCGCGAAGUGUUCGGCACGCUCAAAGGUUUUGAUCAACUGAUGAAUCUCGUCAUGGACGAAGUGACCGAGUCCGUGCGCGACGAAGAAGGCAAUGUGACGGACAAGACGAGGAAUCUGGGCCUCGUGGUGUUGAGGGGUACCGCGCUGACGGUUAUCAAUCCAGCGGAUGGGUUUGAAAGCAUCGAAAAUCCGUUCGCUCAGGCAGAGUAA